AUGACCCCUGCAUUAGGCUUCUCGCGGUCAGGGCUCCUCAACCGGCGCAUCAACCAACCGGCGAAUCAAGUCCUUCGCCUCCACCUCGCAUUCUCCUCCGCCUCUCCGUCCCCGUCCGAGCCUUCCGCCGCCGCCGGCGGCGGCCCCAGACCACCAUCAGGGAAGGGAAAGCGGAGAUCUUUUUGGACGAGUCGAACUCGGUCUUCUACAACAAGGCCCAGAGAUAUUUCUAUUGCUGUACUGAGAUCAUUUAUUUUGAAAAGACAUGAAGAAUAUGCCACCCGAUCAAGAAAAGCAGGAACAGAAGACACUACAUUGAGCGAGCAAGCUAAGUAUAAAGAGCCGAAAGUUCUUGAGGCGUUAGCUGCAUCAGGACUAAGAGCCAUUAGGUAUGCUGUUGAGGUAGAUGGAAUCGGUGAAGUUACUGCUGUUGACAAUAAUGAAGCUGCUGUAGAAGCCUGCAAGAAAAAUAUACAGCACAAUGGCAGUCUUGCAUCUUCAAAGGUGGUACCACAUCACGCUGAUGCACGUGUCUACAUGCUCAUGCAUCCAAAAGAAUUUGAUGUGGUUGACCUUGAUCCUUAUGGAUCACCAGCUGCAUUCCUUGAUUCGGCGGUUCAAUGUGUAGCAGAUGGGGGUACCUUGAUGUGCUCAGCUACAGACAUGGCAGUGCUUGCUGGUGGAAACGCAGAAGUUUGUUUUUCUAAGUAUGGUUCUUAUCCAUUAAGAGGUAAACACUGCCAUGAGAUGGCGCUGAGGAUUCUUCUUGCCUGCAUUGAGUCACAUGCAAUCCGUCACAAGCGCUACAUAGUUCCUAUAAUAUCAGUACACAUGGAUUUCUACAUUAGGGUUUUUGUGCGAAUCUUCACCUCGGCUAGUACAGUAAAAAGCUCACCACUCAAAUUGGCACAUGUUUACCAAUGCACUGGAUGCAAUUCAUUUCACCUACAAAAUAUUGGAAGAAUUAAUUCAAAGGAUGAGAGAAACAUUGCUGUACCAAAUUUUUGCCCUACUGUGCCUGAAGUAUGUUCUGAAUGUGGCCAUAAAUUUGUUAUGGGGGGACCUAUUUGGAGUGAUCCAAUACAUGACAAGAAAUGGGCUACCUCAAUAUUAUCAGAUAUUCAUGCUAUGAGAGAAGCAUAUCCAGCUUAUCCAAAAAUUUCGGCUAUACUAACGUCAGUCUCAGAGGAAUUGCUGGAGGCACCUUUAUUUGUGAGUCUUCAUAAUUUGUGUGCAAUACUGAAGUGCACUAAUCCAACCAUGGUUAUGUUACAAUCUGCUAUCAGAAAUGCUGGGUAUCAAGUAUCAGGAAGUCAUGUGGAUCCACUAGCUCUUAAAACAAAUGCCCCAAUGUCAGUGAUCUGGGACAUCAUGCGAUGCUGGGUUAAGCUUCACCCAGUUAAACAUCGACCUGGAAAUCAUCCAGGCAAUGUGAUACUUUCCCAAGAGCCUAAAUUGCAGGCAAAAUUUUCCAAAGUACCUCAGGCCUCAGUCACUCGGAAGAGCCCAAGAUUCAUGCCAAAUCCUGAGAAGUAUUGGGGUCCUGGGACAAAGGCUGGUAGGCAUCCGAAAACAUUUCAGAUGAAUAAUAAUCGUAACUGA